CAUCUUGGUGGGCUCGAAGCUCCAAUUGCAAGCUACGUCCGUCUGCUGCGUCCAAACCGUGUAGUAGAGGGUACUCAGAGCCGGAGAGGUCACUACCGAGCCACAACGCUGCGCUUUUUGGCAAAAAAAUGCGCCCGCGGCGGCCUACAGCUGCCGAGCUUGCCACGCUGCACAUCGCUACCUAGCGGCGUCAUGCGACGCGCUAGCCAGCAGAUUGCACCGGCGGAAGCCACGCGUGGUCAGCGGUGCGCACGGCGGCGCGCGUCGCGUCGCUGGUGCCGUGCUCAGAGAAAACUGAGCCCGGACGGCGCCGAUUGACCCGUCGAUGGUGGCGAGCGCCGCUGCGCCGUCGACGCGCGGUCGGCACCCGCCGCGGAGGUAUUUUUGCCCGACACACACACGGCAGACGGGUAGAUCGCGUCGCCGCAGAGAGAGAAGAGCGCCGCGGCGAGAGAACGAGCGCUCAACCGCGUUAAACACACAGUUUUCGACGACGACGAUGAAGCUCGCGGUCGCCCUCGCGUGCCUCCCGGCCGCCGCCGCGUUCGUCGCGCCGGCGGCGCCGGCCGCCGGCGUGCAGAUGUCCGAGACGAAGGCGGACCUCGAGGCGCUCGCGAAGCAGUGCAACCCCGCCGUCGGCUUCUGGGACCCGCUCGGCUGCCUGAACUUCGACUUCUGGAAGCUCGGCCAGGAGGGCACGAUCGGCUACCUCCGCCACGCGGAGAUCAAGCACGGCCGCGUGGCCAUGGCCGGCUUCUUGGGCUACUGGGCCCAGUCGACGGACUUCAUCUCCGGCCCGCACAACAACCUCCCCUACCGGGGCUACGAGCCCGGGCUCACGCCGCCGGAGCAGUGGGACGCGAUCCCGCUCAUCGGCAAGGUCCAGAUCAUCACGUUCGUCGGCAUGCUCGAGUCGUACGGCGAGCUCCUGCCGCAGCACUACACGAAGGGCGGCGUGCCGGGCUACUACCCGCCGAUCAAGGGCGCGCGGCCCGAGAUCCUGCUCAACCUCUGGGACCCCUUCAACUUCAUGGCGCGCAUGACGCCCGAGGCCAAGAAGGCGGGCCUCGUCAAGGAGAUCAACAACGGCCGGCUCGCGAUGCUCGGCAUCUUCUCGCUCAUCAGCGAGGCGCGCGUGCCGGGCUCCGUCCCGGUCUUGCCGAACGAGAUCCCCGAGUACGCGGGCAACGUCAUGAUCCCGUUCUCGGGCGACUUCUCGCUCUUCAACUAGGUUCGCAUGUCAAAACAUGUGGGCCGCCCGUCGGGGUCCGUGCGCAGGGGCGCCGCGCACCCCCUUUUAGAUUC